CUUCUAUUGUUGGGAGUAUUUUAAUAAAGCAAUUAUUUUAGUAAAUCCUAAGUUUAUUAUGUUGGAGAAUAUUAAAAUGGUGUGAAAUUAGGAAAAUGGCAAACAUAAUAAUUUGCUUAAAAAUUAAUAAAACUAACUUGCAUGUAAGAUGUUAGUUUAUUUUAAUAAGUGGAGGAGGUUUUUAUAAUUAUUUUGGGAAUAAAUAAGGUUAGUGGAUUGAUUUACAUAAAAACUUUUAUGAGUAAAUUAAUUUAGUUAUAUCAUAGUGGAAGACAAGUUAUUUAUCUAGGAGAAUAUUACGAUGGUUUGAAAUAAGGAUAGUGGAAUAUUUCCUUUAAAAGUUUUUUUGAUAAUGGUUUUAAAAGAAUGUAAAAUUUUAGAAUGAAUUUCAGAGGAGGGGAAAAAUACAACAGAGACGGUUAUAAAAAUGGAAAAUGGAUGGAGGAAGGUGAAAAUUUUUUGAAGUAAAUCUGUCUAAAAGAAAGUUUAGUGGUGCUUAAAUUCUAGAAAAAGGUGAAUAUUAGAAUGGAUAAAAAUUGGUCUAUGGUAAUCUUUUCUAAAGGGAUAUUAGGAUGAUAGAUAUAAAUUAUUGUAAAUUAAUUUA